AUGGAGGGGGCAACUGUCAAUUACCUCCACACGUCCGCCCAACAUUUUCUCACUGAUAUCGAAUACGGGAAGUUUCCACUACGACUCGCUAAUAAUAAGACUACGAUCAUUACCACCCGAGGAACGCUUCCGAAUCUAGGACUCGCAUACCUAGAUCACACACUGACACAAGGCAUCAUUGCGCAAAGCCACCUGCAGGACAGUGGUUGUUCACUUUCAUUCCCUGGAGACAUAAUGUCCUGCCAUCUCACAUACACAGGAACCAAGCUCGAACUUCGACGACGCAACGGUGGCUACUAUAUAUAUUACACAGCACUCCAGAACCUAUUCCACUCACCCACUAUACGCAAUAUCCCCCAAGAAUCUCUCGACAUACAUACAGCACCAAAUACUACGUCUAAUACAAUCAUGAUCGACCCGCCUGCGCCUCCCACUCACACAACAAUGACGUAUGACGAAUUCCAUCGGUCUGAAGGCCACCGUAUCAGACGCACGACUCUUCGCAUGGCCAAACAGAAACAUAUCACGUUGACACAUACCCCAUCGAAGUACGUACAAUGCGAAGCCUGGAUGUUAGAUCGUUCUAUAUUUGCAUCUUCCAUGAUAUUUUUGGGCUAUACACCCAAAAUGGACCUAUUUGCGGCAAAGCACAAUGUACAAGUCCCCCAUUUCGUCUCCCCAGAAGGAGGUGGCAUUGCUACUGACUGGCGUCAAAUUGAUUUCACCAAUGAACCAGGACUGUACGGCAACCCUAUAUGGCCGGAUAUCAAGGAACUUAUCGAUAAAAACACCAAGGCUGGAACAACACUUGCUAUCGUUGUCCCCCUGCGACCUACAGCUACCUGGUGGGACUCAUUCCUAGCACACCUUCAAUCUCAACCAUAUAUAAUCCAAAACACAACGUCCAUAUUCCGAAGACACAGCGCCACUAUAGUAGGCAAACCUUCCUGGCUAUUCACACUCGUCGCCCUCCUGGGACCCAUAUCUUCCCACGUCACUCCUGGUGAUGAUUUAAAAUCAGCCAUUGACUAUGUCAGAUUCAAUCCUGAGUUCCCGAAGAACUGCAGGGUGUGCGUCGAAGGUAAAAUGAAGGCUAAGCACGUGUCCCACUGUGAUAAAUACGCGUCAAUAACUAUAUCUCAACGUACUCCUCUCAUCAGAGGUGAGACGUUGGCUAUUUAUUGA